AUGACGGCCUUCCAGCCUAAUGUUCUAGCUGUGGUGCUAUUCGCCGGACAGGGUACUGGCGGUGGCGGAAUUAACGUGCUGGUAGACAUCAUCGUAUGCGAUUUGGUGCUGCUGUACGAAAGCUCAUGGUUCACGGGCGUUAUAUUCUCUAUGUUCGUCGUGGCGCUGUCUCUGUGCCCUAUUAUCGGUGGUCUCAUAACGCAAAACGCCUCACCUGGUGCUGGAUCUCCUAACUCAGUCUGA